CAAAUGAAAUUACUCUGUGAACAAUCUAACCUCAAAAUCAAAAUACAAACUGAGUUUGUUUUUCAAUUUUGAUUUGAUUUUACAAAUCAAGUUCAUAACAAUUUAACUGCAUUUUCACCUCAUAUUCUCUACCUAAGUCGCUAUCAUGGCUGAAGACGCGGAAAACGUUCCUGUUAUGACUGUGAAGGAACCAUUAGAUCUGAUAAGACUCAGUCUUGAUGAAAGGAUUUAUGUAAAAAUGCGCAACGAAAGAGAAUUACGCGGGAAAUUGCAUGCUUAUGACCAACAUUUGAACAUGGUGUUGGGUGAAGCAGAGGAAACAAUAACCACAGUUGAAAUUGAUGAAGAAACUUAUGAAGAAGUGUACAGGACCACCAAAAGAACUAUUCCCAUGCUCUUUGUAAGGGGUGAUGGUGUUAUUUUAGUUUCUCCACCAGUUAGAGUAGGUUUAUAAAGUAGAAUAAGCUAAAACAUAAAUAAUAAAAAAUCAAACAAAUAUGGUA